UCGGGCGGCGGCAAGAGCCGCGGGGGCAGCUCAGUGCCAGCUGGGGAGGGUCGAGCCCGGAGCGGGGUCGGAGCUUGGGAGCGGCGCUGAGAGGGCGUGCGCGCGGGGCACAGACCAGCGGACCGGCGGCAGCAUGUUCAGCUGGAUGGGGCGGCAGGCGGGCGGGCGCGAACGCGCGGGCGGCGCGGACGCCGUGCAGACGGUGACCGGCGGCCUGCGCUCGCUCUACCUGCGCAAGGUGCUGCCGCUGGAGGAGGCGUACCGCUUCCACGAGUUCCACUCUCCUGCGUUGGAGGACGCCGAUUUUGAGAACAAGCCCAUGAUCCUCCUGGUGGGCCAGUACAGCACAGGCAAGACCACCUUCAUCAGAUACUUACUGGAACAAGAUUUCCCAGGCAUGAGGAUUGGUCCAGAGCCCACCACAGACUCCUUCAUCGCCGUGAUGUAUGGGGAGACGGAGGGCAGCACCCCAGGGAACGCUUUAGUCGUGGACCCCAAAAAGCCAUUUCGAAAGCUCAGUCGCUUUGGAAACGCUUUCCUCAAUCGAUUCAUGUGCUCCCAGCUGCCCAAUCAGGUCCUGAAGAGCAUCAGCAUCAUUGACAGCCCUGGCAUCCUGUCUGGGGAGAAGCAGCGCAUCAGCCGAGGGUAUGACUUCUGCCAGGUCCUGCAGUGGUUCGCUGAGCGGGUGGACAGGAUCAUCCUGCUCUUCGAUGCGCACAAACUGGACAUCUCGGACGAGUUCUCGGAGGCCAUCAAGGCCUUCCGGGGCCAGGACGACAAGAUCCGCGUGGUGCUGAACAAGGCUGACCAAGUGGACACGCAGCAGCUGAUGCGCGUCUACGGGGCCCUCAUGUGGUCCCUGGGCAAGGUCAUCAACACGCCCGAGGUGCUGCGCGUCUACAUCGGCUCCUUCUGGGCGCAGCCCCUGCAGAACACUGACAACCGCCGGCUCUUUGAGGCCGAGGCCCAGGACCUGUUCAGGGACAUCCAGAGCCUUCCCCAAAAGGCAGCGGUGCGCAAACUCAAUGACCUCAUCAAGCGAGCCAGGCUGGCCAAGGUACAUGCCUACAUCAUCAGCCACCUGAAGAGGGAGAUGCCGAGUGUAUUUGGAAAAGAAAACAAGAAGAGAGAGCUUAUCAGCAGGUUGCCAGAAAUCUACAUUCAGCUGCAGCGAGAGUACCAGAUUUCUGCAGGGGACUUCCCUGAGGUCAAGGCAAUGCAGGAACAGCUUGAGAACUAUGACUUCACCAAAUUCCACUCGCUGAAGCCCAAGCUGAUCGAGGCCGUGGACAACAUGCUGAGCAGCAAGAUCUCGUCCCUGAUGAGCCUCAUCAGCCAGGAGGAGAAUAGCGUGCCCACGCAGCUCGUGCAGGGCGGUGCCUUCGACGGCACGGCCGAGGGGCCCUUCAACCAGGGCUACGGGGAGGGCGCCAAGGAGGGCGCCGAUGAGGAGGAGUGGGUCGUGGCCAGAGACAAGCCCGUCUACGACGAGCUCUUCUAUACCCUGUCUCCCGUCAACGGCAAGAUAUCGGGCGUCAACGCCAAGAAGGAGAUGGUGACCUCCAAGCUGCCCAACAGCGUCCUGGGCAAGAUCUGGAAGCUGGCCGACUGUGACUGCGACGGCAUGCUGGACGAGGAGGAGUUCGCGCUGGCCAAGCACCUCAUCAAGAUCAAGCUCGACGGCUAUGAGCUGCCCGGCAGCCUGCCCCCACACCUCGUGCCGCCCUCCCACAGGAAGUCCUUUCCCAAGGCCGACUGAGGGGCAGGCGGCACACAGGGCGGGUGGUGUGGGGCGGGAAUGGGGGGCCUGGGCCUGAGGCCCGCACGGCCGCGGACUCACUGAGUGACCUUGGGCGAGACGCUGCCCUCUCUGUGCCUCAGUUUCUCCAUCCGUAGAAUGGGGAGGGCAGACACUGGACACUAGAUGAGGUCCCUUCACUUCUAAAAUUCCCUGAGUUUCUAUUAAAAUAUUGGGGGGAGGGGGUGGAUAUGGAGAUUGGAGGGUUGAGAAGAGAGGGAAACCAUCCAAGGAGUCUGCAGAAGCCCGAAGAAGCCCAGAUGUGGAAUCCCAGGAGCCAUGGGGGGGGGGGCGGGGCUGCCGUGGGGUCUGCUGGGCUUCACUGGACUGUCCAUCGUUUUGAACCUGGCUGUCCCUCAGAGGGCACCAAGGGGCAGCAAAGACGAGCUUAUUUAUGUUGUUUCCUGUUCUAUUUAGAGU